AUGCAAUUAGCAAAGUGGUCAAAAAUUGGAAUUGGAUGGUCUGUUGUUGUAGUCGGUGGAAUUUACUCAUUUUACUUAGCCAAAGUAAGUGUUGACAAAAGACGCUAUGAGAAUAUGAAAAUUAGAGAACGUAUGAGAGAAGCAAACGUUGGAGAAUACGAACCAAGUUACAGGAAGUUUUCGACAAAAGAAGCACAAAACAUGCAACUAAUUCAAGAGUUGGAAAUUGAAAUGAUGGCUGACAUGUAUAACCGACUAACUGCUACAUGUCACAAAAAGUGUAUCCCACCUGUUUAUGGGGAUGCAGAAAUCGCAAAAGGUGAAGCUGUUUGUAUUGAUAGAUGUGUCGCAAAAUUUCUAGAUAUUCAUGAACGAAUAGGAAAGAAAUUAGGACAAAUGUCUAUGCAGGAUGAAUCAUUACUGAAAAAGUAA